AUGUCGGACCCUUCUGAUGUGCUUGUGAAACAAUCCGCGUGGGCAGCUGCAGCGCUGAACAACCACCAUGUUUGGGGGAAACAUGGAGAAGCUGCGUCAUUACUUUGGUCUCAAAAGACUAUAGGGACAGGAUCUAUGUUUUCAGGCAUUGGCUGCGCUGAACGUGCUCUUGCGAGCAUCAAUGCAGCCAGGAAACCUCUUUGUGAAGGCAAAAUCCUCUCUGCCGAGCCAUUGUGGACGGUGGAGUGCGAUGGGAAAGCACGCGCUGCCCAGAAUGACAUCAUCCCGGAGACAACAUGUAAGUUCUUGGAUAUUCGACACUUUAUUGCCAAAGCUUCGUUGGAUGAGAUGGAUUCAGUCAAGGUCAGCGCUGCUGGCAAACGCUUUAAGAAGUGGACUGCAAUAGCCAAGGGAGCGGGCGUGUGUAAGGAUGCAUUCUGCUCCCAACACAUGAAACAGUGUCCUAUCAGACGUCCAUUUCUCGACCUGAGCGGGUCUAUGUGCACAGCCUGGUCAACAAUGGGUAGUGGAGGGAAGGAAGAAGACGCCAAUUCGAUUCUCCUACUGAUAUGGAUGCGCUACCAUUUUGCCAAUGGUACUGCAAUCUUGGUCCAUGAGAAUGUUUCCAGCUUCAGCACUUGUAUUGUUGCAGACGAGGCCUGCGCUGCUGGCUACAAGCACGUGCAAAUUAAGACCAACCCCUCUGAUGUUGGAGUUCUUCUUGGGAGGCAAAGGAAGCAGCUUGGCAGUUCAAGGGAAACUUGCAGAACUGCAGUAAGCAAAUGA